UUGCAUCCACCAGGUGAAAAACAAAGCACCAGAAAACCGAAACUAUUCCACUGCACGACUGGUCGACGGAAGCUGCUGGCGUCUCCGCCUCCCAAAAAAGAAGAUGCAAAACCAGAACGAACCACCAGUAGAAGCCAACCCGGACCAAGAUGAUCAAACCGUGGAGAUUGAUUUAUCCUCCAUCACCAUUCUCGAUCUUACCAGCUUCCAGCUCCCCGAUCUCGACUCGGUGGAAUUGCCGCCAAAUCUCAUCGAUUUGGACCUGACAACGAACCGCUUAUCGAAUUUGGACUCUCGGAUUGCGAACCUCAUCAAUCUCAGAAAGCUUUCUUUUCGACAGAAUCUCUUCAACGAUGCUGCUAUCGAGCCAAUCUCCAGCUGGGAAUCGUUAACUGGUCUUGAGGAGUUAAUACUUAGGGAUAAUAAACUGACGAAAAUACCAGAUGUGGGUAUAUUCAAGAAGCUCUUAGUUUUUGAUGUUUCUUUCAAUGAAAUCACUUCAUUACAAGGAUUGUCGAAGGCCUCCAGCACAAUCAAGGAACUCUAUGUCUCCAAAAAUGAAGUUACUAAGAUGGAGGAGAUUGACCACUUGCAUGAGUUGCAAAUCCUUGAACUUGGUUCUAACAGACUACGGGUGAUGGAAAAUUUGCAAAAUUUUACAAAGUUACAAGAACUGUGGCUAGGAAGAAACCGAAUUAAAGUGAUCAACCUUUGUGGGCUUAGCUGCAUCAAGAAGAUUAGCUUGCAAAGUAACCGGUUAACAUCUAUGAUAGGGUUGGAGGAAUGCAAUGCCCUAGAAGAAAUAUACUUGAGCCACAAUGGUAUUGCAAAAAUGGAAGGCCUAUCAAAAUUGGUCAACCUCCGAGUAUUAGAUGUUUCAUCAAAUAAGCUAACAUCAGUCGAUGAUAUUCAGAACUUAACAAGGUUGGAAGACUUGUGGCUCAAUGACAACCGAAUAGAAUCACUUGAGGACAUAGCUGACGGUGUUUCUGGUUCAAGAGAAAAGCUCACUACUAUCUACCUUGAAAAUAAUCCAUGUGCGCAGUCUCCUAACUACAAUGCUACCCUGAAACAAAUUUUCCCCAAUAUUCAGCAAAUCGAUUCUGAGGUAUUUGCUUAAAAAUUUUGGUAGGAUCUGGACUGUUGUAGUUGAAUGUUCAUAAAUUUGCAAUCACGCGUGUAGUAUGCUAACGGUAACAUCUCCAGUCCCUUGUUGUCUGGAGCUUGUGAGUUUGCAUAUGUUGCUAGGGGAAAACAGGGUUCUGGAAGUGAUCCCUAAUUCUUUGAAGGGGAUUAACCAUGAUAUGUUUAUUUAUUAAAUGCAGUGUUGUUAAUCAUUGUUUUGAACAUUCUUAAUCUCUUGAAUUGUUGACCUCUUUCCAACUUUUUAAUAAUAUUUCAAGCUCUCUUGUAAACAAGAA